GAUGUGACAAAACUUCCUGAUCUUGAGGACUGUAAUGUGCAGACAGCCACUCAUGUGGUGACUGAUGUGCUAUACGGGGCUCAGGCAGUCUUUGUGUUUGACCGAGAGGUUUCUCCUUCUGAGGAUCGACAAGAAAUACAGAAGAACCUCCAAGCUAAGGUUAGAAGGAUGCUUUCAGGCGCCAGUGAAGGAACUGCCAAGGAGAAGACGGGGGGUGAGAAAAUUAACUGCAAGAUUUACAGUGAUGUUCCUCUAGAGGACCAUCCCGUGACUUAUCAAGAAGCUGUGAACAUUUUCUCCACCCUCCCUGGGCGCCUGGUUGAGAGGGCUGUGCCUUUGAGGAUGUGGUUAUACCCUCUGAAUAAGCUGGGCUGCCAAAUCACGUGCCGUUUCCAUGACAUCAGUUCAGAAAUAAUUUCUGAAGUCCAGAAUAUCCUGCAGCAGUUGACGGAAACAGACAAGCAACAUAACGAUCUGGCGGAAAAUCCUGCAGCUACGACCUUCCCUGAAAUCAAGAAGAAACUCCAGACAUUCCGAGGUCUGCGCCAACAAUACAGGCAGACUCUUCAGAAACGGCUGUCGAGAACAAUACCCAUAAUCCGCCGGGGCGAGGAAGAGGAAGAUGCCCUCACAGACCUGUUAACCAACAAGCAACAAGCACUCUUCAGCAGCCAGCAACUCAGUGCAUUUCUAGACAGAAGAGAGCAGGAGAUGGUGUUUGUAAAUUCCUACCUGGAUGUCCUAAAAGACGUGGACAUUGUAUACACCAAGAAAGAAUUAGACAGACUCCUGCUCAAUCCAACACUGAAGCGGGUUGUUGCCUUUGUGUUCACUUCUUUACAAGAUGGCGACUCGUAUUUAUCCGACCUGGAAAAUUCACUAGCAGUUAAGAAAAGCUCUCACCCUGUAUCAGUGACUUCUGCCAGUGAGAAGUUGUGGUUUGAGCACAGAGAGAUAAGCAAAAAGGCACGUGCUUCCGUCAGGGCCUUCUUAGCAUUGGCCAGCGUGUGCUCAAAUGACACUAAAUUGAUUGUCUCUGCUCUUCCGGAUCAGGACCAUCCAGGCGUUUCCAUCUAUCUGUACGAAGACGGAGAGCUGGUCAGCACCAACCUUGAACCUCCCGCCAAGCCUUUGCCUCCUUCGAUUGGCGAGGUCCGUCCAGACUCCGUGCAGCUUACGUUUAACGUUGCGCCCUAUGGGGAGGCCGAAAUAUCAGGCUAUCAAGUGGAAUACAGGCCGAUAGGGCAGGAGGGCUGGGUGGCUGUGGAUGUGAAGGAUAAACAGGAGACCUUCACCAUAACGGGGCUUCACCCCGGUAUUGAGUAUCAGUUCCGAUACACUGCUGUGGGCAGACUAGGGCUCAGUGAGAGGAGUGACCCGAGUGACACGGUGAAGACGCUGCCUGAAGGUAGCCCUGGGAAAACAGAGAAAGUAGCAAUUAAGUGCCAAGUGAGCCCCCUCCCCUUUCAAGGACGCAGCGUUGCUGGAUCUGACCAUAAUGUGCAGGAAGGUGAGGUGGAGCCAGAAGGUAUGGAUGAAGGAAGGAAUGGAAACCCAUUUCAAGAAGCAACAGGAAUGGAACCACAUGAUAGAAGUGGCAGAAUGGAACCUGUUUAUGGAGUGGAUGUUGCAGUCUCACCUGAGAAGCUUGUGAUGUCACCACCUCCAAAGACAGACGAUGAAAGGGUCAAAGAUAAAAUGAUCAAACAAAGCACCCUGAUAGAUGACGACGGGCCACUGAAGUCUUAUCAGCUUAAGUUAAAAAGGUCUGCCUCUUGUUGUGACAGUUUCCUAAAAUACAAGUUAGGACAUGAAGACCCCCAAAAACCCCACAAAGUGAUCAUGGUGAUGGGAGCUACGGGAGCAGGGAAGACGACCCUGAUCAAUGGGAUGAUCAACUACAUCUUGGGGGUGAAGUGGGAAGACAGCUUCCGAUUCAAGCUGAUCCACGAACAGACCAACCGAAGUCAGGCUGAGAGUCAGACAUCUGAUGUGACGGCCUACGAGAUCAAUUUCCAGAAAGGCUUCCAGAUCCCUUAUUCCCUAACGAUAAUUGACACCCCGGGAUUUGGAGACACCAGAGGAAUAGAGCAUGAUAGAGAGAUAAUCCAAAAGGUCCGGGAAUUUUUCUGCACUCUGGGCGGCAUCGACCACAUCGAUGGGGUCUGCUUCGUGGUUCAAGCCUCUUUAGCCCGUUUGACACAUGCCCAGAAAUACGUUUUUGACUCGGUACUCUCCAUUUUUGGGAAGGACAUAAAAUCCAAUAUACUGAUUCUGGUCACCUUUGCAGAUGGGCAGGUUCCCCCUGUUCUAGAGGCCAUCUUGGAAUCUGAGGUGCCGUGUGCUAAAGAUGACAAUAACGACCCUGUUCACUUUAAGUUCAAUAAUUCUGCUUUGUUUGUUAGUGGUUCUACAGCUGGCGAGAACACACUCAACUUUGACGCAAUGUUCUGGAAAAUGGGGACUGCCAGCAUGAAGACAUUUUUCCAGUCUUUAAAUAGUUUAGAACCCCGAAGUUUAACUCUGACAAAAGAAGUGCUCUGGGAACGAAGGAGUCUGGAAGCAGCCGUGGAGGGUCUCCAGCCACAAAUCAAAGCCGGCCUGACCAAACUGGACUCACUGAGAAAAACAAAGCAGAUUUUGGAGCAGCAUAAAGAUGAAAUGGAUGCCAACAAGAAUUUUGAGGUUGAGGUUGAGAAGACUGUAGCAGAAAAAUUUGAGGUAACUAAGGGGUUCAUAACUAAUUGCCAGACCUGUCAUUUUACGUGCCACUACCCCUGUUAUAUUGCGAACGAUAACGAGAAACACAAAUGUGCCGCUAUGAAUGGGAAGGGAGAUUGUAACGUCUGUCCUGGUAAAUGCAAGUGGAACAUACACUUCAACCAGAAAUACAGGUGGGAGUACAAGACUGAAAAGGAGAGGCAAACCUAUGCCCAAAUCAAGGAGAAAUAUGAAAGGGCCUGUGGGGAGGUGAUGACAACAGAGAAGCUCUUUCAAGAGCUCUGUGAGGAAUACGAGGCGGUGGAAGAGGCCGUGUUCCGUCUGAUCGAACAGUCCUCUCAGAGCAUCCGGCGCUUGCAGGAAAUUGCCUUAAAGCCCAACCCGAUGGCAACUCCCGAGCACAUCGACUUACUGAUCCAGGCGGAGCAACAGGAAGCAAAGCCUGGGUUCCAGGAUCGUAUACAGUCCCUCCUGGGGGUGAGAGAAAUGGCUGUGAUCGUCAACAAGAUCGCCAGGAACGAGCCGCUGCUGCCCGAAGAAGUGAUGGUGGCUGAAAGGUGUAAGGCUAAGCGAUCAAAAUGGAAGAAACUCUGGGGUAGAUUGUCAGAUUGGUUCCCCUUUAAAUAAUGUUGCAUAAUAAGGGGAGAAUGCUGAUUUUCAUUUGGCCUAUUUCUGGGGGGGGGGGUGUUUCAGGUGGGGUGGUUGUCUCCAUUAGAGGAGCACAGCUUUUUGCUGCAGGAAGCCCCUCCCUCCCUUGCCCUGCUUUUCGGUAAACUCUAGCAACAGAUACUGCUCAGUGCAACCUUCUCCUUCUCCAUAUAUUUACUUUGCAAUCCUAGAUACCUUUUCCUGGGAGUAGGCCAUAUGACUGGCAACCAGCAGGAGACUGGGAGGUGGGAACAUGGGGGGGGGGCGUGUCUUCAUCCACCUUAGCUAGAUAGACUGGGUUAGAAUCCUGCCUUUAUUGUAGCCUGUCUAGAAUGGAGUUCCUUACAAUAAAGGACUCAUAUUAGUUUUGCAAAGAUAAAGAGUAUAACUUUGUUCCUGUGUCAGCAUACCCUAGCCAGAUGGCUCUGCUGCAUUAUAGGCGUUUGAGCACUCUGCUAAACACGGGAAUAGAAUUCCAACAGGGAGUGCCAUCACAGUGGCUAUGUGACAUCAUUUCCAGGCCAAACCCGGAAGUGACGUCACAUCACUGGUAUUCAGGAGAAACACUAUGGUAAGGCUGAAUGCUAGAGUGGUAUGAUGUCACUUCUGGGCUGAGCCUGAAAAUGAUAUGCUGUCGAACGAUGGUGAUUUUUUCAUUAUUUUACCCCUGCUGGCCUGCCGAGGGGCAGUGUGGACAGGGGCAUGCCGUUGGAGGUCUCCUGUUAUACCUCUAGCAGCCCCAGGACACCAGGCAGCCCCAGUGAAUAACGUGGAAUUGCUAAGUGGGAUGGCUCCCUGAAUCUCUUGUGCAAAGAAAAUCACAGCAGGGCACAGUCUGAAUCCCGUGGCAGGUAGUCGUCUGGCACACCCCCAUGAUUCUAAUCAUUUGUAUGCAUGUUAGUUUAUAUAUUCUCAUGUGGUUUCAAACGGCUGGUCAGCGACAGUACUAAACAUUCAGGGCUGCCGCUCAGUCAGACACUUUGAUAAAGUUGCUGAAGAAACAGCAGAUUUAUUGUUCUUUGAUUGUGUGAACAGUUCUGUUUGUAGCCUUGAAACCUUGCUUUGGGCAUGUUGAUGAGAACUGUCGAGAUGCCUCCCAGUUCACCUGGCAAUGUUCAUUUGAAUUCAUUAGCAUUACGUGUUCAUUAUUUUACUUAGAGGACACCCACGGCUUCCGGCCGGAGAGAUUUGUUUCUCGCUCCAGACGCUCACCUUCUCUAUGAAGGGCGCCAUCCAAGGGUUUAAUCAGGCUUUCUGCCGGUACCUUCCAGUCUAGGGAGACCUGACAUGUGGUGGAGCUCCCUUUGCGGGCUGGGCUGCUGGCUUCUUAGAUCAUUCUGCCAGUUGGCUGCAGAACAAGCGGCCUGGAGGCCUCAGGGAAGCCUCCCUCCCUCCCACCAAGGCCUUUGUGCAAAUUGUCCAACAACCCUACAGUUCCCCAGCCUCCCGCCCCCCCAGUGAUUGGUCAGAGGGGAAAUGGAGGGGAAAAUAGAAGCCAAUCACAGGUGAGGAGGCAGAGUCUGGGCAGGGCAUAUAAGACCCUGCAAGGGAGGCCCAGAGGGCGCUCAGUCACUGAGGCUGCUUUGGGAGGGAGCUGAUCUCCCACCCCACAGUUAGGGGGAGAGUC